AUGCAACUCGUUCUUUUACUGUCUGCAGUAUCACUCUAUACUGGGGCAGCUUCAGCUGCUCAAAUCAUGCACCGACCUGACGGCUAUAAAGGCAACCCUAAAACACCCACCAAACCUUCUGAUCAUUUCAAGGCAGGUAAAGGGUGUGACUUCGAAAAGGGAGGCAAAGUCAAUAUUGGCUAUUUCCCUAAUUGGGGCAUCUAUGGCCGUGCCUAUAAACCAUCCGACAUUGAUACUGACUCAUUGACUCAUGUCUAUUAUGCCUUUGCCGACACGGAUCCUACGACCGGUCAGGCGCUCUUAACGGACCUGUGGGCCGACCAACAAAUCACUUAUCCUGGUGAUGACAAUACCGCCCCUGGAAACAACCUCUAUGGAAAUCUCAAGCAGCUCUACCUUCUCAAGCAGAAGAAGCGUUCCCUCAAGACCAUUCUCUCCUUCGGAGGCUGGACCUACUCCCAGGCUGGACACUUCAACUUUGCGACAAAUGCGACGAGCCGUGCCACGUUUGUCAAGACUGCGAUCCAGCUGCUUGAAGACAAUGGCUUUGAUGGACUUGAUAUCGAUUGGGAAUACCCAGCUGCGGGAGAACAGGCCGAUGCGUUUGUCGCGCUCCUCAAGGAGACUCGGGAAGGAUUGGAUGCACACGCUAAAAGCAAGGGAGAUAAGGUACCAUAUGAGCUCAAUGCUGCGGUGCCUGCUGGUCCGCAGAACUAUCAGAACCUCAAAGUCGAGGAGAUGGACAAAUACUUAACCUACUGGGCCUUAAUGGCUUAUGACUAUUCCGGCGGUUGGUCUACAGUCAGUGACUACUUGGCUAAUGUGUACGGGGGUGCCUUCUCCGGAGUAUCCACCAGCGAAAGUACCAAGUGGUACUUGAAGAAUGGAGCGAACAAGAAGAAGUUUGUAAUUGGAAUGCCCAUCUACGGUCGUGGUUUCCAAAACACAAAUGGCAUCUUCCAGUCUUUCGAGGGAGUUGGCCCUGGUACCUGGGAAGCUGGUGUAUACGACUACAAGGCUCUCCCAUUCCCCAACGCGACUGUUCACCACGAUCACAAGAAUAUCUCAAGCUACAGCUACGAUUCGGUGAAGAAGGAGCUCAUCUCGUAUGAUACACCUGUAAUCACAGCUAAGAAAUGCGACUGGCUGUCUCGCCAAGGGCUGGCUGGAGCUAUGUUCUGGGAACUGUCCGCGGAUAAAACCGGUACUGAAAGUCUGGUAUGGACUGCUGCUAAAACCAUGGGUAAAUUGGAUAACACCCCGAAUCACCUGAGCUACCCCGGUUCAAAGUUCGAUAACGUGAAAGCAGAGAUGAAGGAUACUUCCAAGCGUGGGCAUAAGGUCAAGGCCAAGUACUUCUAG